AUGAAUCUUGACACGGGCCAUCUCGGGGCUUACCUGGGGCUGCUCUUCGGGGGCGGCGUGUUCUACGUCGUCGGGCUCGUCGUCUACCGCAUCUUCUUCCAUCCGCUGGCCAAAUACCCGGGCCCCUUGAUCGCCAAGAUCACGGAUGCCUACCAGCUCUACCACGCCUACAAGGGCGACCGCCACCUCGAGUUUUGGCGCAUGCACCAGCGAUAUGGCAAGGCUGUCCGCUUCGGCCCCAACUCGGUCUCCUUCAACUCGAGCCAGUCCCUCAAGGACAUCUACGGCUUCCGCUCCAACGUGCGCAAGGCCGAGUUCUACAACGCCUUUGUCCACCCGGCCGCCAACACGCACAACACGCGCGACAAGGAGGAGCACGCCCGCAAGCGCCGCGUGCUGUCGCAGGCCUUUUCCGACAGCGCCAUGAAGGAGAUGCAGCGCUACAUCCUCGGCAACGUGCGCACCUUUUGCGAGCAGAUUGGCCUCGGGGCCCGCGCCGACGCAAAGGGCUGGACCGCGCCGCGCAACAUGAGCGACUGGUGCAACUACCUGGCCAUGGACAUCCUCGGCGACUUGAGCUUUGGCAAGGCCUUCCACAUGCUCGAGAGGCCGGAUAACCGCUUUGCGCUCGAGCUGGUGGAGGCUGCCGCGACGAGGCAUCUCAUAUGCGGAACCAUGCCCAUCGUCGACAAGCUCAAGGUUGACAAGUUCCUCUUCCCCAAGCUGGCUGCCGGCCGCGCCCGAUACAUGGCCUACAGCAAGGCCCAGCUGACGGAGCGCACCAAGCUGGGCGAGGAGACGGACCGUCGCGACUUCUUCUACUACCUGCUCAAGGCGCGCGACCCGGAGACGGGUCUGGGCUUCGGCACUCCCGAGCUCUGGGGCGAGUCCAACCUGCUCAUCAUCGCGGGCUCCGACACGACAUCGACAGCCAUGGCCGCGACGCUCUUCUACCUGGUCCGCAACGCGCACGCGCUGGAGCGGGCGACGGGCGAGGUGCGCGCCAAGUUCAGCAACGCCGACGACAUUAUGCACGGGCCGGCCCUCGGGUCGUGCACCUAUCUGCGCGCCUGCAUCGACGAGGCCAUGCGGCUGUCGCCCUCGGUGGGCGGCAUCCUGCCCCGCGAGGUGCUGACGGGCGGCAUGACAAUCGACGGGCAAAAGGUGCCGGCGGGCACCGUCGUGGGCACGCCGCACUACACGGUGCACCACAACGAGGACUACUUCCCCAUGGCGUUUGGCUACGCGCCCGAGCGGUGGAUGAGCGGCGAGGUCAACCCGCUGACGGGCAAGACGACGAGCGACGACGACGUGGCGGCGGCGCAGAGCGCCUUCUGCCCCUUCAGCAUCGGGCCCCGUGGCUGCAUCGGCAAGGGCCUGGCCUACGUGGAGAUGAUGAUGACGCUGGCCCGGACGCUGUACCUAUACGACAUGCGGAGGGCGGUUGGCGUCGAGGACCCGGGCGAGGGACGGGCUGACCUGGGCUGGGGGCGGCAUCGCGAGAGCGAGUUUCAGCUGAUUGACACGUUUACGAGCGCCAAGAGGGGGGGGCCGGUUAUCGAGUUCCGCAGGGCUGACACGGCUUGA